AUGGCGGAUGCGUCUGUGACUCAGACGUGGGAGCACCAUCCAGCCGACCUCACUGAAGCACUAGAUCAAUUUGAAGCACGACUAGAUGCGGCCUUCGGAAAACUCUGGGCCAACCUAAUUGAGCUGAUGAACCGAGUGCCUCCUGCGGCGCUGCCACGGGUGAGACAGCAGACACUAAAUGAGAAGAGACAAGUGAGACCCCCCAAAGGCAUACCGACCGCACUAAACACACACCUCGCUACAUUACGCCUUCCUGGGCCUAGAGUCACCUGGGGAAUACCCCCAAAGCACAGACCACGCAUGCAGGAGGGAACAACGAGCCGAAGCCAACGUGGUACAGCUCCCGGUAACUUCCCGGCUGGGAACAACUUGGACUCAAAGAAGACCCAAGUUCGUGGCAACAAGGUGCAGGCUCUGGAACAGGCCCGGGGCCUGGGGAGUACUUCGCUCUCGACCAACAGCGUGGCUUGCUGCAGGGGACAUUGCACGUAUGUAAGGCAGAUGCCCAACCAGGGAAUCGGCUAACUUCAUGACUCUGAGAGAUGGCUGCAGGCCAAGAUCAGCUCCCAGACAGGGACUCUGA